AUGGCAGCCCCUGCCCUGUUCUGGUGCCUGCCCCUCCUCAUCCUCCUCUUGCCCUUGGCCACCCCUCAGGCAUCUGCAGCAGAGAAUGACACUGCCCAGCUUGCGUGUUUCUACAACUCGAGAGCCAACAUCUCCUGCAUCUGGAGCUGGGCUGGUGGUCUGCAGGGCAUGUCCUGCCACAUCCAUGCCCAAUUCAACAAACGGUCCUGGAACAAAACCUGUGAGCUGUUCCAGGUGAGGCAGACAUCCUGGGCCUGUAACCUCAUCCUUGGACCCCCAGAUUAUCAGAGUCUGACCGCAGCGGACACGGUCAACAUGAGAGUGAUGUGCCGUGAUGGGGAGCGGUGGAAGACGGUGAUGACCCAGAGCUUCAAGCCCUUCGACUACCUUCGCCUGAUGGCCCCUGUCUCCCUCCGAGUCACUCACAUAGGAACCCACAGAUGUAACAUAACCUGGAACAUCUCCCAGUCCUCCCACUACGUUGAAAGAUCCUUGGCGUUUGAGGCCCGGACACGGUCCCUGGGCCACAGCUGGGAGGAGGCCCCCCUGCUGUCCCUCAAGCAGAAUCAGAGAUGGAUCUGCCUGGAGACACUCACUCCAGACACCCAGUAUGAACUCCAGGUGCGGGUCCUGCCCCAGCGAGGCGAGAACACAGCCUGGAGCCCCUGGAGCCGGCCCCUGGCUUUCAGGACGAGGCCUGCAGACACCGCCCUUCCUUGGUUCGGCCACAUGAUUGUGGGCCUCAGCGGUGCCUUGGGCUUCAUCAUCUUAGUCUACUUGCUGGCCAGCUGCCGGUACAUCGGCCCAUGGCUGAAGAAGGUUCUGAAGUGUCACAUCCCAGACCCCUCGGAGUUCUUUACCCAGCUAAGUUCAGAGCACGGAGGAGAUUUCCAGAAGUGGCUCUCCUCGCCCUUCCCCUCGUCCUCCUUCAGCCCUGGUGGCCUGGCGCCUGAGAUCUCUCCGCUGGAAGUGCUGGAGAAGGAUGCCAAGGCCACGCAGCUGCUCCUGCUGCAGCAGGGCAAGGUGGCCCCACCGUCGCCCUCGACCAGCGGCCGCUCGCUGACCAGCUGCUUCACCAACCAGGGCUACUUCUUCUUCCACCACCCGGAAGCCUUGGAGAUCGAGCCCUGCCAGGUGUACUUUACCUAUGACCCCUGUGCAGAGGAGGAGCCUGACGAGGGCGGCCCUGGGGCGCUCAUGGGGUCUCCCCUCCCACCCCUGCUGCCUCUGUCGGGGGAGGACGAUGCCUACUGCACUUUGCCCCCCGGGGAUGGCCUGCUGCUCUUCUCCUCCAGUCUCCUUGGUGGCCCAAACACCCCAAAUACUGCCCUUGGGGGCACUGGGGCCAGUGAAGAGAGGCUGCCCCCGUCCCUGCAGGAGGAAGACCCCAGAGCCUGGGCCUCCCAGCCCCUGGAGCUUCCUAUCCCAGGAAUCCCCCACCAGGUGGAUUGCCAGUCACCCCUGGAACUGGCACUGGGAGAGGCUGGGGAGGAGGUCCUGGCCCCCAGCCCUGGGGAGGGGGCUGGUCUCCCUUGGGCCAGCCCUCCGGGUCAGGGCCAGGUCAGGGCCCUUUCCUCUUGCCUAACCCUGAACACUGAUGUCUACCUGUCCCUCCAAGAACUCCAGGGUCAGGACCCAGCUUGCUCGGUGUAG